AUGGCGAUUGUUACUGAGAUAACCAAUGCCAGCCCAACUACCAUCCUCAUGGGCUUGGCCGUGGCUCUCAUAUGCACAUAUAUUAUUUAUUGGCGUUAUCUUCAUCCCCUCUCUAUGUAUCCGGGGCCCUUCCUGGCGUCCUUGACAGACCUCUGGCAAGUUAAUCAAUUUAUGACUUUGCAACAACCCUAUCAUCUGACAGAGCUUCAUGACAAAUACGGCCCUGUGGUUCGCUAUGGACCGGAUAAAAUCAGUAUUACUGAGGAGAGCGCUAUUCAGGCCAUUUACCAGAAAGGUUCGAGACUGAUGCCGAAGACCGAGUUUUAUGACGCAUAUGGCGCGGCGGAGCCAAAUGUAUUCGGCAUGCGCGAUGAAGCGAUGCAUUCUACAAGACGACGUCAUAUGUCGCAUAGUUUCUCGCUGAGCUACGUCAAGGAAAUGGAACCCUACCUCGACUUGAACAUCCAUAUUCUGAAAGAGAAGAUCAGGCGCCAUUGCCACCAAGGGGAUGGGUUCGAUCUCAAGAAAGCUCUGCAUCAUUACGUAGUUGAUACCUUGGGUGAGCUGGCGUUCAGCCAGUCCUUUGGCGUCCAGGACGCCGAUGACGAAUCCCGGGUUCCCCCGGUGGUGGAACAUAGUCUCCUUGCUGCCGUGACCGGUGCAUGGCCUAUAAUGACCAAAACGUUGAAGCAAAUUCUGCCCGCUGUGCCACACAGUGGCCUACAGCGAUUAAUUCGUGGACGCAAAGCCUGUGCAGACCUGGCAUCGAGUUGCGUCAAGCGCAGGCUGCAGCAUCUGCGGAGCGACAAUACCACGGCCGACGUCACUGAAAGAAAGGAUAUCCUCACAAACUUGAUCCUAGCAAAAGACCCUGGUACGGGCGCGAGGUUCACGCAAACUGACCUCGAAACCGAGGCAUUUGGAUUCAUCAUUGCCGGGACGCACACGACUAGUGCCACCGCGUCGUUAUUGUUCUAUCAUCUUCUCCAUAAUCCAGCCUUCUUAGAUGAGCUUGUUGAGGAAAUUAACGGUAGGCUCCCUCGACUAGACGAAGGAACAGCGGCAUACUCCAUUGCCGACGUUGAGGCCUCAUUGCCGUUUCUCCGGAAUUGUAUGCGUGAGAAUUUCCGCAUCACACCAGUCUUCACGAUGCCUCUCGCACGGCGCGUAAUGGCUCCGGAGGGAGUAGUCAUUGCGGGGCAUUAUUUCCCACAAGGGACUUCAAUUGCUGUCUGCAACCAUGCGUUCCACCAUAACCCAAGGGUAUGGGGCGAGGACCACAAUCAAUUCGACCCCCACCGCUGGGACGAAGCCGACGUCGCCGCCAAAGCGCGGUACCUGAUGCAUUUUGGCUUGGGCGGACGCCAAUGCAUUGGGAAGACUGUUGCGACAGCCAACAUCUACAAGUUGAUGAGUACACUAUUAGCAGAGUUCAAAUUUGAGUUGGCCAAUGAGCAAGAGCAUGUAGAUGCUCGUAAUGGGCUAUAUUGUGGGGAAAUCCCGGAACUAAUUAGCGUGGGUAUAAGUGAACUCAAGGCGCCUUUGCUUGUAAGGGCAUCCCUGAGGAAAUGA